GAAAGAAAAAAGGCAGAAGUAUUGGAAAUUAUAGAUUAGUCCCACAUCACUCUUAUCCGUUUGCAAGCAGCCAUGGAGGGUAUGGUUCAAAGUUCAGUCCCUCAAUAUUGGAAGCCUUUCCACAGCUUACGCAGAAUGACAACCUCAGUUCCAUUCCUAAGAAUAACAUCAAUGCAUAGGAGAAUUCCAAUUCCACAACUAACUUCUCAUUCUUUUCUGCUUUCCAUUUCUUCUCCAACAACCGGUGGCACAGUUUCUUUUGCAACACCUGAGGUGGGAGUUAGCAAUACUGAAACGCGUGAAUGGGCCAUGCAAGAUUUCUAUACUUUAAGGAAGGAUGUAGAGACUGUCUUAGAGCGUGUUGAGGAGAUCAGAGGUGCUGCUGGUCUAAAGCAAUUACAGGAAGAUCUUGCUGCUUUAGAAGCAGCAGCAGCUGAUAGCUCUCUCUGGGAUAAUCGUGCUAAAGCUCAGGAAACACUUCAGGCUUUAACUGAUUGCAAAGACAAAUUAAAGCUUCUCCAUGACUUUAAGGCACAGGCUGAUGAUGCAGAAACAAUUAUUAAGCUCACUGAGGAGAUGGACUCAACUGAUUCAGGGCUUCUUCAAGAGGCCUCUGGUAUCAUAAAGGAAUUGAACAAGGCACUGGAUCGUUUUGAGUUGACUCAACUUCUUUCAGGCCCCUAUGAUAAAGAAGCUGCUGUGAUUACUAUCACAGCUGGUGCGGGCGGCACUGAUGCACAGGAUUGGGCUGAUAUGCUUCUCAGGAUGUAUGUGAGAUGGGGAGAAAAGCAGCGCUAUAAAACAAAAGUUGUUGAGAAGUCUGUGGGAGAAGAAGCUGGGAUCAAGUCAGCCACUAUUGAAAUUGAAGGCCGGUAUGCGUAUGGUUACCUGUCUGGGGAGAAAGGAACCCACAGGAUUGUUCGACAGUCUCCUUUCAACGCUAAAGGCCUUCGGCAGGUUAUAAAUCUUUAUGUUUGAUAACACUGUUCUGGG